UCUCUCACACACACAGUGUGAGUGGAAAAUGAAACUCGCUGCGUGGCGCCUCAACAACUCACAAAUUUUCAGAUUCUUUCUCACUCUUCACCUCUGCUUCUAGCUAAUUGCUCCAAUUCAAAACGUUACUCUACUUUCACUUCUUCAUGGACUAUAAAUAUAAUCCACCACCACUACCACCACAUCAGCACAGUAAUAACCGCUCUCAAUCCAUUUCUUCUCGCAAUGUCCCUUCUCACUUUCCCGCGCUUUCUCACUCUCUCCGCUCAAAACCACCACAACAACAACAGCCGAUGCUUCUGCUCGCUUACUCCAGAAUCCACGACACGACGUCGUUCUGGCUCCGCGAUUCUCUGGUUCAAGCAAGACCUCCGCGUCGACGAUCACUAUGCUCUCACACAAGCUUCUCAUAUCCGCCAACACUCUCCCUUGCUUCCUCUUUACGUCUUCGAUCACCGCAUUCUUGCCUGUUACUCUGAUGAAAUGCUAGAAAUGGUGAUAAUCGCGCUACGAGAUUUGAGAAACUCGUUAAAAGAGCAAGGCUCUGAUUUAAUGAUCAAAUUUGGAAGUGCGGAGAGUGUUUUAAGAGACCUGGUGAAUGAGGUUAAACCUAGUGUUGUAUUUGCUGAACAGGAAGUCGAGUAUAAUCUCCGUAUCGCGGUUAAAAUUGUUCGACGGAGUUUGAUUAAUUCGUCUGUUAAUCCUGAGAUUGUCCUUUGGCAGUCUCCGUUUUAUGAUAUUGAGAAUUUAAACGACUUGCCUGCUUCACAUGAUGAGUUCAAGAAACUCAAAUUAUCAGUAACCUCGCCUUUGAUUCCGCCGAACUUAUUUUUACCUCCCAUGCCGUCAAUGGACUUGGACUGGGGUUCUUUGCCUACAUUGGAUGAGUUGAAGGAAUUUAUGAAUGAAAGUCCAUUCAAAUUGGAAAAGAGCUGGAGUUCAAUCAAGGAGAUGUCAGCUGAAACCGUAUUGCAGAAGAAACUGGCGGAAUUAAGGGGAACAGAUGUGAAAUUGAGUUCCACGCAAAAACAGCAAAAACGAGUGGACAAUUCUGCUUUUGUCACACAAAAGCAAAAUUUUGUGGCCGGUGGAACAAGUAAUGUGGCGAAUGCCUUGGCUGCAUACUUGAGAUAUUUGGAGGGAACAGCUCGAGAUGACUGGCAAGAGAUACAUGAGAGGUUGCGUAAUGCUGAAAGUCGGGAUGGGGCUUCAUUUUCUGCACUCUUUGGCCCUUCCCUGUCUCUUGGCAUCAUCUCUCGAAGGAGGGUGCAUUAUGAAGCUAUCAAGUAUGAGAAGGAAAGAAAUGCUGGGUUUCUAUCACCCUUUGGGUUUUCAACAACAACUGUUUCUGCAGCUGCAGAUGCUGUGUGCUCAAUGGAGUGGUAUUGGCUUAUGGCUCUAAAAGGUCAAAUAAACGAUGAAGGAACAUAUCCUAUUCGCAUAUGGCGAUGGAAGGGGUAUUUAAUUCAGUAUACAGUGGUUGGCCAUGAAGGUCCUGCAGUCCUCCUUGUCCAUGGUUUUGGUGCAUUUUUGGAACACUAUCGUGACAAUAUACAUGAUAUAUCUAAAGGUGGAAACCGUGUUUGGGCAUUAACAAUUUUGGGAUUUGGAAAAUCAGAAAAACCAAAUCUUGUGUACACCGAACUUAUGUGGGCUGAAUUGCUGAGAGAUUUUAUAAUUGAAGUUGUGGGUGAACCGGUGCAUCUUGUUGGAAACUCUAUUGGUGGGUAUUUUACAUCUAUGGUUUCAUGUUUUUGGCCUUCCUUGGUUAAGUCUGCUGUCCUUAUCAACAGUGCUGGUGACAUUAUCCCAAAAUAUGGUUAUCCCCAAUUUACCAAAGAUAGACGGCCUUCAGUGAUUGCAUGGCUGGGGGCCCGGCUCCUUUUGCUUUACUUGAGGUCGAAUAUCAGAACUAUAAUGAACAAUUGCUAUGCAACGAGAACCGAGAGAGCUGAUGAUUUGCUUGUCAAUGAAAUGCUAAGAGCUUCCUUCGAUCCUGGUGUAAUAGUUGUCCUGGAAAGUAUUUUCAGUUUCAACCUUUCCCUUCCAUUGAAUUAUCUCGUGGAGGGUUUAAAGGAAAAGGUUCUGGUUAUACAAGGAAUGAAAGAUCCUAUAACUGACUCCAAGUCCAAAGUGUCCAUGAUCAAAGAGCAUUGUCCUGAAAUUGUGAUACGCCAAUUGGAUGCUGGCCACUGUCCCCAUGAUGAGCUACCAGAAGAAGUGAAUUCCAUUAUUUGUGAAUGGGUAGUGACAGCAGAAAGCAAAAUUCUAGCCGGAGCUGGGAGCGUGUCAUAGUUCAGAAGGGAAAAAUCUUUUCUAACUCCUAACAGGAUUCAAUUUUUUCUCAACUGACAUGAUUCCAGGUCUACCAAAUAUAUUCUUUUCCAAAGGAAUACAGUACAUAAAAAUGAAUACUGUUAACAGUUUUGGAUCCCUUUGAUUAAAAGUAAGAUUCUGUACAGAA